AAAACGAAUUGCUUCACGAAACAACCCCUCAAUCGAAGGGUUAAGAAAGAUUAAAGCACUUCACUGGUGGGUUCUUUCCCGUUUUUCUACACUGAAUCUCUCCACAUCUUGCAAAAACCAUCCCACCUUCCAUAUUUCAAAGUGAUAAGCUCGGAGAAGUGCAUCGUCGGAUAUUUCAUUAUUCAAUGCUUUUAUGUUUCUAACCGCGGGCGAUUAAAAUAACGCGCCACGAUUCAUUCGCCGAGGUUCGCAGCUUGUGAAGUGGUCAAAACGAAAUUCCGAGGGUGAUUGUGUGCGGAGAAUAUUGUAAAUAUUUCCUUGCAUUUUUUGUGCUUCCAUCUUGGAGUGUGCGGUCUAGGUACAUAUCUGAAAAUGACAAUGUCCGUCAAGGAGCGACCUGUCGAAGAGAUGGAAUGGUCUCCGGAAGAGGAAGUGCAGCUAUUUUUCGCGCUGGAUGGCUUGAAGCCGGUCGGUGUGAAUAAACAUUUUUACAUGGCGUGCAUUGCGGACCGGCUGUCCAAGUCGUUAAAUCGUGAAGUGCCGGCCGAGUGCAUUUGGGCGCAUUUGCGUACUAUGUACAAUUUAGAUCUGCUAGAUGAGUUGGAACCGUUGCCGUUUCCCAACGAACAGAAGGAUUUUUUUCUGCCAGACACAGAAUUUAGCAGUUUGAUGUCGAGAAAACGCGCCGAAAUCGAGGAUAGGAAGAGUGAGAACAAAGAGAAAGCACCUGUAGUUGCCAAACAAAUAUUACCAAAGGAUUUGGAUAAAAAGGUAGCUGUUAAACUAGUUUCUUCUGAUACACCUAAGAGAACUCCAAAAAGAACUCGCGGUUCAAUGUCGCUUGAGUCAAACAGUCCAUCAACAACACCCCCGCCGACAUCAAACAACAAACGUCGACGAAACUAAGAGAGGAUAAUGUAUAUAUAUACUUUUGUUAUUGUGAAAGAAAAGAAUAUCAUUAUUGGUAAUGAUAAACCAAAUAUAGCACAAAUGAAUGUGUGGAGAAAAUAACAUUAUGAAUGUUGCAUAGGAUAGUCAGUAGCUGAUAGACAAGUAAGUUAUGUAUAAGGAAGAGUUUUAUAAAUGUUAGCAAUCAAUGAGCAUUUCAUUUUGCAAAAUUGCAAUUGCGCUUUUAUGAAUUUUAUGCUCGGAAUGUGAUUCAUAUUCCAUAUCAAGAAAGAAUGUUUCAUUGUAAUCUCGAAGGACCCAGAAAUUUGUGAAGAAUGUGGCACUCCUCUGAAUAAAUUUCAUUCAAAUCAUCCUUCAGCGGAUAAAAUCCUCCCAUAUAAAAACCUACAUAUGUGCCUUAUUUUUGUUUUAAAUAUUCACUUUGAGACCAAUAACUUUGUUAAACUUAUCGAUUUUGUUACGAUACUGAAUCAUGCGUACAUGUAUGCUGGUUAUUGUGCACGUGUUAGAUACUAGCUUCACUGAUCUCUCUCCGAUAUGAGACACCAUCUCAUUUCAGAACUUUUAUUAACUACUUCACAUUACUAAAAGAUUAUUUUUAUUAAGCUGAGUAUCAUGGCUAUACGUAUAGGUUUAUUUCUUUCUUAUUUUAUGCCUUUCUUCUGUUAACAAUGUUCCUCAUUGGAGAAGAGUAAGGCUCCUCGUCAUAGACAAACUAGGGAAGAAACGGGAAGAUAUACAUAUAUGCCACAGUAUAUUUUAGAACUAAGCGAAUAGUUUUUGCGUGUACUUCCUCUUCCGAGUUUUAAAAUUAGAAUUUAUUUAAAAAGUUUCUCAUGAGGCACUUUCAAAAUCUUUACUAAGAAGUAUCCGAACAGGCCAGGGAUAUGGGUGAAAAGAGUUAAGUUUGCGUAACUUUUUCGAGAAGCAAAAAUUUUUCAUUCCUCUUGGAGACAUCACAAUGCCCCUAUUCAUUCACAUCCAGAAUGAAAGUAUUUAAUUUUACUUUGAUGUAGAACAUUGCGGAUAACAGCAAAAUAAAUGGCUAAGUUCGAAAAUCAAUAUGCUUCCUCAAGAACGUGACAACAGUAUACCUUUAGGUACACAUGGAAUAUGAAUCUCCGGAACUCGUAGAUGACUGUGAAAUCGAGAGAACAUAAAAAUCAAAAGCUUAUCAUUUUGCAAGACAAAAACCAAAUGAUGCGGACAAUUGCCCUCUUACCAAUAUGUAAAGUUGCUUAUUAGUCACUGAAAGUAAUUUUAUUUAAUUGUAAAUAUAAGCCUAUUUCUAAGCUUCAACAUGUUAACUAUGUGUUUAAGUUAUGAAUUAUAAGAAUUUUCAUAAAAUA